AUGAGAGGAGGUGGUAAUAGGGUAAAAAGAAAGAGAGUUGGGUUCCAUAACAAGAAAGGGCAGGUUGAUAUUUGUUUUAUUCAGGAGUCUAAAUUGAGGGAGGUGGACAGUGGAACUGUUAGAGACUUAUGGGGCGACAAAUUUGUGGAGUGGUCUUUUGCGGAGGCGAAUGGGGCUUCGGGAGGAUUAAUAACUAUGUGGAAGAAGAAUCUUUUCAAUCUGAUUUUCAGUUUUAAAAGACAAGGCUUCCUCGGGCUUUGUGUGGAAAAGAAUGGCAAGGUGAUAUAUUUCGUUAACGUUUACGCUUCUUGUGAUAGUAGACGGAGGGUGGAAACUUGGAAUUGUUUGUUGGACUUCAAGUCUAAAAACGUUAAAGGGUCUUGGUGUAUAGGAGGGGAUUUCAACUCAAUCCUCUCUCUAGAGGAAAGGGUAGGAAAACUGGGAAGGAGUUGUAGAAAAGAGAUUUCGGAGUUCAACGGCUUUAUUGAAGGGAUGGAGUUGGUGGAUGUUCUGACUAUAGGAGGUAAAUUCACUUGGUUCAAUAGUAAUGGUAAGGCAAUGAGCCCGCUUGAUAGAUUUCUCUCAUCGGAAGACUAUAUUGAAGAUUGGGAGGUAGAAGGCCAAUUUAUAGGAGAUAGAGACAUAUCCGAUCAUGCUUCGAUUUGGUUAAAAGAUAAUAAACAAAAUUGGGGUCCUAAACCAUUCAAGUUCAACAACUCUUGGUUUAACAAUGAAGAUUUCAUUCCGUUUGUUACGAGGGAAUGGGAAAGCUUUAGUAUUAAUGGGAGAGGCGAUUUUUGUUUGGUGGAAAAGCUCAAACUAUUGAAGAAGAGACUUUCGUGGUGGAACAAGGAGGUGUACGGAUGGCUGGAUCUUAACAUAGAAAAGGCGGGGGAGGAGUUGAAUUUUAUCGAUAACUUGUUUGUUCAUUUUGCAGGUGAUGUUCCGGAAGAGAUUGUUAAGGAGAGAUCCAAGGCGGUGGCGAGUUUUUGA